AUGGGCAGCAAAAGAGUUGCGGUGCGGUGCGGGAACGGUAAGUCGGUCAUCAUCAGCUAUCUGUUUGCAUCGACGCAAAGCUUCGGCCGGGCUCGAGUAUUCAGGAUGCGAAGACCACAUCUUCCACCGCAGGGAAGCUCCGACCUGGAUCAUUGCGCCUUCGAGCCCAAGGAGGAUCUGCAGAACAAUCUGCUUUACGAUAUUUUGGUCCAGAUCGUUGCGGGGAUUAUGCGAGACAGAUCCGCCGCGUUGCAAUGGCCAGAACGAAAUCUCGAUCCCAACGACGAUGAUCAUCGCGUGGUGGUGGGGUGA